ACAAGUUGUCAACAAAUCCUAACCUCUGUUUUACAUUUGUGUCAUCGAGUUUAUUUUUGCGUUUUUGCGGUUUAACCUUGGGGUUUUGUUUGUAAAUUAAGUUGAUUUUAAUCUCAUACAGAAAUUAAUAAGCUCUAUGUCUGACGUUACUUCUUCGUUAGAAAAAUACAAAAAUGAUCCUAGAACACCCUGCAGGUAUGGGGACAAGUGUUACCAAAAAAAUGCCGAACACCGAAGUAAAUAUAAACACCCUCCUAAAAAAAAUAAACGCAAGGAUCACUCUCAAAAACAUCCCCCAAAAAAGAUUAAAUUAGACGACGAUAGUGGUCCAAGUGCUGCUAAUUUCUCACAGAAUAACACUGAAGAUAAUUCUGCAAAAUUAGAACAAGCGAAGAAAAAAGAGUGUAUUUCUCCAAGUGGGUCAGAAGAAGAAGAUAAUGAUGAUGGUAAAAUAGACCAAAAAGUGUCUACUUUAGAAAACUCAAGUAAUAUCACUGAAGGCAGUUCAAUAGAAUUAGGGCCAGUGAAGAAAAAAGAGUGUAUUUCUUCAAGCGGGUCAGAAGCUGAAGAUGAUAGUAAAGUAGAACAAAAAUCUACUCCAGAAAACACAAAUGAAAUAAAACAAAUUGAUGACAAUAGUGAAACGGAUAAAAAUACACCUUUUGAUCCUAAAGCAUUUAUCAAGUCCAGAUUUUUAGUAGAUCUCCCUAACGAUUUUUAUGAAUUUUGGGAGUUGUGCAAGAAAUUAAAACCAAAUGACCCAAGUAAUGCUUUAAAAAGCGUCAAUUUAGAAUUAGUUGGGCCUUUUGAUGUUCUUGCUGGUAAAUUUAAACAUGUUAGAAAACCAUCAGAGGAUUAUUUAAGACAUUGGCGAUAUUAUUAUGAUACUCCAGAACUACUAACUGUACUUCGAGGAGAUAACUCAAGUGGUUACCACAUUGGUUACUUUUAUGAUUCUCCAAAUGAACUACCCCAAUUGCUGGUUAGUAAUCAUGGUACCAAAGAUGGUAUUUUCACAAAAAUGGGUGACAACAUUUUUGCGGCCGUUUGUUUGUAUUUAGGGGAGUUAAAACAGAUCGGUGAUCCUUUUAAAAAAAUGCAUGUCGGAAAAUUUCUACCACUCAUUAAAGCCAAGGCUGAAGAAUUAAAACUGAGUACUACUUUACACAGUGAGAAAAUCAAGAAGAGAGAAAAUAAAGUUGUAGCUAAAACAUUCAACAAAAUUGGACUUGUUGUUCCAUAUAAUAAGAAGACCCAAUUGGGGUACCGCGACUUGGCAAUGGGGGAUAAAGAUUUAAUGAUUCUUUUGAACAAAUUAGAUAAAGCUUCUCCUGAACAAAAAGCGAAAUUUUUGUCUGAUUUGCAACCAGUUUUAACGUACGCGAAUAUAGCUUUAGAUGAAUGCGAUUUUGGUACAGGUGUUAAACUUGGUUGGGAAUUGUUGUUUCACGGGAUUGAUAGUUUAAAUUCGACAAUUGCGCAGUUUCUUUCAAAUUCAUACAAAUUAUUAAAUAAAGAAGCUUUUGCCAAAAUCGCUGAAACUCAUAUGAGCAACAGGAAAAAAGGGUGUAAUUUAAGUAUUUUGUAGAAUUCUCAUUGUAGUUUAAUUAACUUAUUCUCAAAUAAAAUUUCUU